GAGCGUCAUUGGUUCCGGGACGCGGCCCCCCCAUGGAGGAGCGCCGCUUGGCGGAGGCGCGAUUUUGAAUUUUUUGUGUUUUUUUGAGGCACAAAAAAUCGAAUUUAAACCGCGAAGAUGCCGCGAAAGUUGUUCAAAUGCACGGUGGAGUUGGACGUGCAGGCGGUGACAUGUCCAGGUGUGUUCCUGCCCAACAAGGACGACAUCUACCUGAGCGUGUGCAUGUUCGGCCAGUACCGCAAGUGCCGCUGCGUCCCGGCCGUCUUCCCUCUGCUCGUGCAUGAGCGUCUGCGCUUCCAGAAGGUUUUCCCUAGAGCAACGGACCCGGCAGAUGUUGCUCAACUCCUGGAAGAGGAAUGUGUGCGCAUCGAAUUGAUACAGCUUACUCUGCCAGGCGGAGAGUCCCUGGCCACCCACGAAGGCGACGUUCGAUGCUUCCUGUUCCCGGAGCCUCGCCUCACCCCAUCAGCCCACGGUUCCGAUGGGCAGAUCCUUCUGAACCGUGCGCACAACUACCCUGGCAUCGCUCCUCAGCUGGAGUUCUCCACUCGGACCUCCAUCGUGGAGACGUCGCGACGCGCAGACGGGGAGGGGCAGGAGGGGGAGCACUGGGGCCCCUGCUCCUUCUGCUGCUACGGCAACGGCGCCGACGAGGCGACGACGACGACGAGGAGGUCACGCGGGCGCUCGCCAGUUGCGAGGACGUCGCCGAAGAGGGCCUCGGAGGGCGGCGCUGCGAGGCCGGCGAAGCGACGUAGCGUGUCGCGAGCCGCCGCUGCCGUGGGAUCGCGCGCCAGAAGCACCUCUCCCCGCCAGGGAUACUUCCCAGGGACCAGAAGCUCGCCUUCGGCUUCGCCCAACAGAUGCCAAGGCAAUCGGUGUGGCAAGGUGGCCACGGUGCACAACGUCACAAUCAGUUACGAAGACGGCGACAACUACGACGACGACGACGAUGGAGCUGACGACGAUGACCUCACGGUGGGGGCGCUGGCGGCCCGGCCGCUGUCGGCCCCGACGGCCACGUCACGGCGUACGCCGCUGCUGGAUGGGCGUGAAAGCUCGCCGGUGAACUCCUGGGAGAAAAUUCACGAGAGGGUCAAAAACUUGCUCGCGACUCACCGUGCUCGCGACAGGCUGUGGAAGGGGGCGACGGAGUGGGAGGUCAAGGAAGUCCUGGAGAGGAGGAGUUUGUCUCCGCACCGUCUCACUUUUCGCGAGAGCCACUGACGGGCAACGGGGCGAUCGCGCACGCUGUCCACCCCCCCCCCAAGCACGGCCGACGAACAUCGUUGGCAGACAGCGCUGGGGAAAGUUGGCUACCCCGCACGACCACACACAGAGACCCCGCGGGCCACCCUCCGCUGCCUACUACCUCUUAUUUCCCUUGUACUUAAGUAUUUCAUGUUUUACACUGCAAGACAGCUGAUUAUUAUUAACCCUCUCUAAUGCGUGAAUUAUUAAAAGCAAAGCCUGUGUGUUUUGGUUUUAUGUGAUUUUUGUCAAAGGCACCGCUUCCAAAUAUGCAGAAGGUUUCAUGUAAUUUAUCACAAAAUUAUGAUUAUUUCCAUUACAGCAGACACUGAGCUUCCUCUGGCCACCGCCUUCAUGAAUGGCAACCUCCGCUUUACCAAACCUCCCUGCCGUAGAAUCACACUUUCCACCGCCAGGUGGCAACACUGAAUAGCUUACACGACGUCCUGCGGAAGGACGACCGCACGCACCAACGAGAGCUUUGCUGUCACCACGGCUGAAAUUCCAAUAAAUCAUCGCAGUCCACCACAGUGGACAUGAUGCACGAGAGGGUUAAACACAAGAGGUGGGUGGUGGGGGUGUGCUGUGCGUCAUAUGCCACGCGGCCCGUGCCAGCGACCAUCGGUGCCAAAGUUAGCAAUGAUAUUAGCAGCGCAGGCACCGCGCUCUGGUUUGUGCCAUUCAAGGAGAGUGUUCAUAAAGGUUGAUGAGUCAACGUGUGCCUUCGUUUCGGUGACUGUGGAAAUGCCUUUCUCGUGCCCCGUGCCACGUGGUGGCGAGUCCACACUUCUAAAGGUCUCUUCCGUAGACACAACCACUUUCAGUUGUCCUCACAAAAAGCGAUGCUCAUUUUAGUGACCCCCUGAAGGUAUGAUUGGUCGAUUUCACUCCCGGCCAGGAUUUGAAUGUAGCCUUCUGAAUGUGAGUUAAGUGAUCUGUCACAUCAUCACGCAGCCUGUUUAAAUAAACAAGUGUUAUAAUUACAGUACAGUAUCUUAAGACGCUGAAUGAGUCCCAGAAUUACAAAAAUAACAAGUGAAAAGUGAAUGGAAUUGUCUUAUUUUAAACCGUGAAACUCGUCAAACCCUUUGCGAGAGUCCACAUCUAAAUGUGGUGCAAGCUCUGGAGAUUUACGGGGUGGCAUGGUGAUUAAUGACUAUCAGAUAUAGUUGUGCCUUUGCUAAAGAAGAGAAUAUGACACAAACAUUAACUGUGGGCUGUCGUCACAUUACACGCCUGCAUGGACACGGUGGAUGUAUCGCAAGGUCAAGAACUGCUCCACGCCUCGACCACACAACUUGCAGACCAUCACAUUUUCCAGCUGUUUGACACAAAGGCUCUCGCGAACAAUAUUAUCCAUAAGAGGUUUUGGGUUACACAUGCCAAUUCGUCGCUGUAGUAGUAACGAAUUGUCACGUUUUGUUUACGUGACAAACUUGACUAAGCGGCUGUGUUGGGUGGUGGCGGGUUUAAUGACACAUUUAUAUUUAUGUGAUCUAACCCAAAAACCUAUAUUUAUGGUUUUGCCAGCUGCAACGAAUAGUCGGUACAUUGGAAUGUCACCAAAAAAACCAAGCAAUGCAGUUCCUUUUUAAACAAUUUUCACAAGGUGACUUUCCAGUGUAGACGGUCCCUUCGUACACCCAGGAUGACGUAAAAGAUCACGUUAGUUGUUCGACUCAAAAAGCAAUUUGUUUUUUUUUUUGCUAUUAAACAAUGACAUUUAGACAUUCAUCACAAAAGUGCUAGCUAGCUGCAGUCAACGUAGCCUUUCCAGUUAUUACAUUUUAUUUUCUUGACCCCCUUUGGGCAACGCUACAUUUCCCACCAUGUCCUUGCGCGUGCCUCAUUUUGCUGCAUUAUUCCUCACCUUUGGAAGAGCUUCGUAGCCAUCGGGGUCGUGAGGUCAAGUCUCCAGAGAUCCUCCGUAACAAAAAAACACCGGUGAUUGCAAUUGUCAACCACUUCGUACGACGUGAAACGUGUGGCAAGUGAAGUGAACUUGAGCGGUGGGUUAGUCGGCCACUGUUGGGAGGAGAUGCGUGGUCUAGCAAAUAACAUUGCAGGGUUUCGUUUGCCAUUGCAAGGGAGUGUGGUAGUAUGGACCCCUUUAAAAUACUACCGUUCUCUCUGUGAUGAAUGAUUUUACUUUCUAUAAUUGACUGUGUGGUUUACAUUUAUAUGCUGUGUUGACGCAUGUGAUAUUUUUGUAUUUGCAUCAUACGUAGGGAAGGUUUCAAGCCAGAGAAAAGUUGAACAAAUACUUUAAAUGAUAUUCGUUGGCUAUACCUUGGGUUACCGUAAUCUUGCAAUGAACAGUUAAUCUUCUACCCCCAUACCAUGAAGACUACUAUCCAUAGUGCAUUGCUGCUGUUCAUUUAUAUCAACAGCAACCUGCACGGUCAGAAUUAAAUAUAAUGUGAUACAUUUCUUCCAAAACGCAAACGCAAUUUUUUGUUAACGUGCCAAAGUUUACAUUGAAUCAAUUUAUACUCAAACUUACUAAAUGUUUUGAUGGUUUUUGUUGUUGUUGAAGGAUUGAAUAAACUUAAUAACGAGAACAUGAUGCAUGCGCAUUAUGCAAGCCCUUU